AUGCUGUCGCUGAGCUGCGCCGACCCGUGGCCUGAGGGCUCCGUGGGGCUGGAGGAGGAGGUGGUGACCGCGGCCGCGCAGGCGGAGGAGCGGGACAACAACGACAACAACAACGACGACAACAACAACAACAACAGCAGCAGCAUCUGCAGCUCCGUGAACCUGGACGACAGCCUCACCAGUCUGCAGUGGCUGCAGGAGUUCUCCAUCCUCGGCGCCAGCGUUCCGCCGCGCGCUCACCUCCAGCCGCACCUGUUCGGCCAGCACCGGCCGCCGGGCUCCGACGCGCCGGCCUCCCCGCUGGCCGCGGACCCCGCCUCCAUCGGCGGACCCCUGACCCCGGGGAAGCCCACGGCGGCGGCCUACAGCCGGAUGCAGUGCCUCCCGGGCAUCGUGGCGCACGGGCACUGCCCCGACGAGGUGGACUACAAAACGAACGCGCGCAUCAAGCCGCCGUACUCGUACGCGACGCUCAUCUGCAUGGCGAUGCAGGCCAGCAAGAAGACCAAGAUCACCCUGUCCUGCAUCUACCUGUGGAUCACCGAGCACUUCUGCUACUACCGACACGCGGACCCCACCUGGCAGAACUCCAUCAGACACAACCUGUCGCUCAACAAGUGCUUCAUCAAGGUGCCACGGCAGAAGGACGAGCCGGGGAAAGGUGGUUUCUGGAAGAUCGACCCGCAGUACGCCGAGCGCCUCCUGAGUGGCGCCUAUAAGAAGAGGCGGAUGCCGCCGGUCCAGAUCAACCCGGCGCUGCAGAGCCGGCUCCGGGUGAACCUCCAGCCCCGGUCCAGAAGCCCAUGCAGCCCCGCAGGAGGUCAGAGCGGCCUGGGCUUCAACCCCGAGUCCCAGCGGCUCCUCCGGGAGUUCGAAGAGGCGACCAGCGCCGACCAGAACUGGGACCCUCAUCUGGCCGAGGGGACCAUGCUGGGGUCCUGGCCCGUGGUGCGAGGAAGACUUGGCCACAAGAGGAAGCUGGGCUCCAGAAACGACGGCGGCAAAGCCCCCCGGCGCUCCAGCUCCCCGCUGCUCUCCACAGACGAACAGAAGGACAUCGGACCUCUGAAGGGGGACUUCGACUGGGACGCCUUGCUGGACUCGGCCCUCAAUGGGGAGCUCAGUUUGGAUGGAGGAGACCCUCUGAGCCCCAUCAUGAAGGAGGAGGACCUGACAGUGCGGGGGACCCACGUCUCUCCCAUCGACCCCCCCGCGGGGUCAGCGGACAUCCACGUGUUGGCGGAGACGCAAAGGAACACCGACGGGUCGGACUUUGACGAGGAGACCUUCCUCGCCACCGCCUUCCUGGAGAGCCCCUGGCCGGAGGAGGAGGAGCAAGGCCGCAGUGACUUCCUCUGCACCUCCUCCGUCAACCUCGACCAGCUGUUUGACCUCGGAGACUCAUUGGGCGGAGACCCGAGCACCCGGAUUGACACCCUCCUCUGAGGAACCGUUGGUCCUCUUUCACACCGAGAACUCACUGAGGAAUAACUCGUUUAGUUUUUUUUACACUCAAAAAACCCUUGUUGUCUUUUUCGAGAUGUAUUUUUGGAGUUCCUUUUUGAUGUGAAGAAGAAGUGAACAAAGAUUCAACAACGAACAAAACUAUGAAACCCCGAAAUUACUUGAGACAAACAGGCAUUUUCAGAAUCAGGGACACAAAUUAAUCUGUCUUCAUGAAAUAUUUGUUUGCAGAAGCUCAGUGAGGUACUGACAUGGAUGUGUAGAGCGCUGCAGGGAUGACGUAUGUCUGUAGUCCAACAGGAAGUUAGCAUCACUGGUUCCCUCUACAAACAGCCAAUGGGAUUCUUCCAUUGGAUCUUUGGGGAAUUUUGCAGGAAAUAAUCUUUGUGGCAAAAAAACAUGAAUGAUACUCGCGUGUAUCGUAGGGAGCAUACAAGCGGCAGGAAACGCUGGAAAACUUGCCACUUGCAUUCUCUCUCCUGACCACCAGGGGGCGACUCCUCUGGUUGUAUAGAAGCC